AUGUACAGCAACAGCAGCAGCGGCAGCGACAAUAAUGCCAACAAUAACAAUAACAACAAGAACAAUGCAAAUGUUGAGCAUGAAACAGAUGAGAAUGAAGAUGUUAGAAUUGAUGAUGAAGAUGAUGUAGAUGUUAAUAUAAUGGAUGAGAGUAUGGAUGGUAUCGAUAGUAAUCCAUACUCUACAAUGUCAUUCAAUAGUACAAACAACUCUCCACCACCUCAGACUCAUAUUGCACUCAAUCAAUCCACUCAAUUGUCAUACUACUCACCAUCACCAGAGGCUAGACAUGUCGAGGAGACAUCAAUGCUGCAGCAUGGUGGUGGCAGGAAGCUAAGUCUAUUAUACUCUGAUACCAAUAUACAGACUGUUGAUGAGGGUGUCAUACAUCUCGGAGGUGGUGGAGGUGGAGGUGGACAUGGAGGUGGAGAUGACCACGAGUCAGAGUCAGAUCAUCCUUAUCAAGUUGGCAACUCACGACAACUAAGUAUCAAUCGUAUGCUUAUGAGUAGUGAUGUCGUGGACACAAGUCUAGCACAGCAACAGCAGCAACAACAGCAACAAUACAAUUCAAUCAAGGAGGAUGAUGAGGAGAUGCAACAACAUCAACAACAUCAACAACAAGCAGUGGCGACUGAGGAUGAUGGUAUGCGAUUGGAUCAGAGUACGAAUGACAUGGCAAUUGAUGAGAAGACAUCUGGCGCUACAACACCAACUACAACAUCAACACACAAAAAGAAGAAGACCAAGUCUAAGUUCUCACUCAAGAGUAGCAAGCGCUCCUCUGACAACCUCUCCUCGCCCACCAUGAUGUCCGACACUGUGACGACACCUCCUGACCAACAAUUGAUCAACACUCCCAAGAUGCUUCAGUUCCCCUAUGAUCUGAGUACAUUGACAUGGGAUAACAACUUCUUAAGGAAUAAGGAGAAUAUAUAUUGUUAUGCAUGUGGAAAGGAUCAAGACAACAAUAUGAUCAGAUGUGAUAAUUGUUACCAACUAUUCCACACCACAUGUGUACACGUUCUGACUGGCUCUGAACAGAUGGCCGGUGACUGGGUAUAUCGAUUCUCCUGCUCCGUCUGCACCAAAGGUCACGAGACAUUUGAGCGAUUUGCAAAGAACUGGGUCGAUGUAUUGGAGAUUGUAUUAUAUAACCUACAACUACAGAAUGACAAUCAGUUCUACUUUAGUCUUGACGAGGACAUCAUUCCAAUGGUUGAUCAGAACUGGCAAUUACUAUGUAGCGAUAAGAAGAAGAAACCAAAUUGGCAGAAGCCAUUACUGCCCGCGUUGACUGAUGGACAUAUAUUCAAGUCUGGUGCGGUCAAUAUCAACAAGCCUGGAUAUUGGGCAUUGGGAACACAACAGUUGCGACUGAAAGACAACCCUGUGUUCAAGAACAAGGUCUUGGCGUCAAUGAACAACAAGAAGAAGAAGAAGAAGAAGAAGUCAGUGCCACAAGAGCAAAGAUUUAAACACUUGAACAAGCUAUUGCUGUUACCAUUGAAGGAUUCAAACUAUGUACCAACUGUACAGUACGAUAAACUUUGUGUGGCACUUCAGAACUCUGCUCCUCAGAUAGUGAUCGAUCAAUCAGACAUGCUGACUUGUUCGAAUCAGAAGGGCUACCGCAUGGCCAAGGCCUCAUUCCCAUGCGUGACCGGUGCUUGGUACUAUGAAGUCGAGAUCAUUGGCAACACUGGAAGCACUCGUCUCGGUUGGUCGUCAGCCAAGGGUGACAAGCAAGCCAAUGUAGGAUAUGAUCAGCACAGCUAUUCAUACCGCAGUCAACAGGGCGACAUAUUUCACAAGGCCAAGAGUCUUCCCUAUGGUCAACCAUUUGGCCCCAAUGACGUGAUUGGCUUCUACAUCUCAUUGCCAGUGGAUAGCGAGAUAAAGACAUUUGACAAUGUGGAUCAGUUGGCAGUGUACGAGAUGGUCAAGAAGGAGUUGGAGGACGACACACCGGCACCAAUCGAGGGCAGCGAGAUCAGGUUCUUCAAGAAUGGUGUGUCACCAGGCGUGGCCUUCAAGGACAUUGGCCGAGCAAUGUACUAUCCUGCCGCAUCAAUGUACAUGGGAGGAGCGGUUCGUUUCAACUUUGGACCCACCUUCAAGUAUCCACCACAGGGAAUCAGUGGAUAUCGUCCAUUCAGUGAUAUUAAAAGUGGAGGAGGAGGUGCCUCCUCUUAG